CCCGCAUCCAGCCCCUCUUCCUGCCCCCUCCCCCGGACUCCCGCUCGCCGCUCCCGGUGGGAUGGAAGUCCCCCCGUAAGCCUCUUCCUUCUCCCCGGUAGCAGGCGGCGGGCCCCGAGUUCGGUGCAAAAAUGCUGGGCAUGUACGUGCCGGAUAGGUUCGCCCUGAAGUCGUCCCGGGUGCAGGACGGGAUGGGGCUCUACACGGCCCGCAGAGUGAAGAAGGGUGAAAAGUUUGGGCCCUUUGCAGGGGAGAAGCGAAUGCCGCAGGAGCUGGACGAGAGCACAGACUGCAGGCUCAUGUGGGAAGUUCGUGGGAGCAAAGGUGAAGUCCUUUAUAUCCUGGAUGCCAGCAACCCACGCCAUUCUAACUGGCUGCGCUUUGUCCAUGAGGCUCCGUCCCAGGAACAGAAGAACCUGGCAGCCAUCCAGGAGGGGGAAAAUAUUUUCUAUCUGGCUGUAGAAGAUAUUGAAACAGACACAGAGCUUCUGAUUGGGUACUUGGACAGUGACAUGGAAGAAGAGGAGGAGGAGGAGGAAGAAGUAACUGUUAUCCAGGAAGAUGUAGACAGUGGCAGCAAUAAAGAAGUGCAGCCAUCUGGUGAAAAAAUUGCAGAUCCCCUCACCUGUAAACAGGACCAUGCAUGCCCAAACUGUGAAUCCAGUUUUGCCAGCCAGGAGAUCCUAGCUGAGCAUCUGCAGACUUUGCACCAAAAACCCAGUGAGGAAAAGGAAUUUAAGUGCCGAAAUUGUGGAAAGAAAUUCCCUGUUAAACAAGCUCUACAAAGACAUUAUGAGCAGCACAAGGAGGCGUGCAGAGGGGAUGCCAGGUUUAUAUGCAAGGCAGAUAGCUGUGGGAAGAGGUUCAAGAGCAAGGAUGCCCUGAAAAAACACAAAGAAAAUGUUCACAGUGGAAAUUCUAGGAAGAAGCUGAUGUGUUCAGUGUGCAAUAAGAAAUGUUCCUCAGCAGCAAAUCUCCAGGAGCAUCGAAAGGUCCAUGAGAUUUUUGAAUGUCAAGAAUGUGAUAAGAAAUUCAUUUCGGCAAACCAGCUGAAGCGCCAUAUGAUAACUCAUUCAGAAAAACGCCCCUACACCUGCGAGGUUUGCAAUAAGUCCUUCAAACGACUUGAUCAAGUGACUGCACACAAAAUAAUACACAGUGAAGAUAAACCUUAUAAAUGCAAGCUUUGUGGAAAGGGAUUUGCCCACAGAAAUGUUUACAAGAAUCACAAGAAGACCCAUUCUGAAGAGAGGCCGUUCCAGUGUGAGGAAUGCAAAGCCUUGUUCCGAACCCCUUUCUCUCUACAAAGACAUCUGUUAAUCCAUAACAGUGAGAGGACCUUCAAGUGUGAUCACUGUGAUGCCACUUUCAAAAGAAAGGACACAUUAAAUGUUCAUAUUCAAGUUGUACAUGAUGGACAUAAGAAAUACAAGUGUGACCUGUGUGACAAAGCUUUUGUGACUCCCUCAGUUCUGAAGAGCCAUAAGAAAACUCACACAGGAGAAAAAGAGAAAAUUUGCCCAUAUUGUGGACAGAAGUUUGCAAGCAACGGAACACUGAGAGUUCAUAUCCGAAGCCAUACAGGUGAGCGUCCUUACCAGUGUCCUUACUGUGACAAAGCUUUCAGCAAGAACGAUGGCUUGAAGAUGCACAUUCGCACCCACACCAGGGAAAAGCCGUACCAGUGCUCGGAGUGUAACAAGGCUUUCAGUCAGAAGAGAGGCCUGGAUGAGCACAUGAGGACCCACACCGGGGAGAAGCCCUUCCAAUGUGAUGUUUGUGACCUGUCCUUCAGCCUGAAGAAGAUGCUGAUCCGACACAAGCUGACUCACAACCCCAACCGCCCCAUGGCAGAGUGCCAGCUCUGCCACAAGAAGUUUACAAGGAAUGACUACCUCAAAGUCCACAUGGAAAAUGUCCAUGGAGAAACUGACAGCUAAAUAGGGCCUCAGUGAGAAGGGUGGAUCCAAAGUGCUGAGUUUGUACGUGUACAAACUCCAGACUUUGUACCUGGCCAGUAAGCAAAAUCAGGAAAAACAACUUUAAUGUCUUCAUGUGUUGUUUUCCCAAUUUUGUUGAAAAUAUGUUAGUAGGAAAAA